ACGCACAGAUUGUACGUCAUAUUUUCAUUUCAUCGAGAGUGUAUGUCGGUUGUUGUGUUUAUUGAUUGAUUUAACUCGUAAAUCGUGAUAAUAUCAUUACAUCUACAUCAGUUGAAAUUAGUUCUCUGAUGCGUGUAGUUAUUCGGAAGGCUCAUAUUUAAUUUCCAUUUGCUGCUAAAUAAAUGAACAACUAAACUUUGCAUAAUUAUUAUUAUAGGCGACAGAAAUAAUUCUAUAGCGUUUCUAACAUUCCAAGUUUUUUAAAUAUGGAGAGUUUGUAUAACAUGUUUGUAAUAUUAUUCUUUCUAUUUAUUUUUAAAACCUCAGAUGUAUUAACUUUCGAAGUGGAUACAUAUGAUUUUUUGAUGCCGAACGUUCAUCCCCACAGGGACGAGCUCUACUUAUGUACUCCGAUCAGAAUAUCACCGAACCAAAACUUUUAUAUUGUGGGAUUUAAACCAAAUGCAAGCAUGCAUACCGCUCAUCAUAUGCUUCUCUAUGGAUGCUCUGAACCUGGCUCCAACGACCCAGUAUGGAGUUGCGGCGAAAUGCAGAGCAACGAAGUCGACAAGCUGUACACCACAGCAAGUCCGUGCCGGUCGGGAUCUCAGAUUGUCUACGCCUGGGCUAGAGACGCACCAAGUCUGGAGCUUCCCAAAGAUGUCGGCUUUUUAAUUGGACAAGAUUCGCCAAUCAAAUAUCUCGUACUACAAGUUCAUUAUAUGACCAAGUUUCCAGAAGGAAAAACUGACAACUCGGGCGUGUUUUUAAAGUACACUCAAGAAACAAUGCCUCGACAGGCAGGCGUAAUACUUCUAGGAACAAGUGGUGUCAUCCCACCAGAUUCUGUUGAACAUAUGGAAACAGCAUGUAUCAUGAAAGAAGAGAAGGUCAUACAUCCCUUCGCGUUUAGAACUCACACGCAUGGUCUUGGCAAAAAAGUGUCAGGUUACGUAGUCCGCAAAUCAAUGCAAGGCGACAAAUGGGAGUUGAUUGGCAGUAAAGACCCUCAGUUGCCGCAAAUGUUCUAUCCAGUAGUCAACACGGAUCCUAUUGGCAAGCUUGACGUACUGGCUGCUAGAUGUGUCAUGAAUAAUACGAGACAUGAGCUGGUUCAGAUCGGAGCAACAAACAGAGAUGAAAUGUGCAACUUCUAUCUCAUGUACUGGGUGGAGAAUGACACACCGCUUAAAAUGAAGUACUGCUUCUCGUCGGGACCGCCGUAUUACUAUUGGGGCAUGGGGCCAGAGAACUUCAACCGUAUACCCGAUCUCGACAAUACUGUGUAAAUAUCUUCGAUUUUGACGAAAAAUUUUGUCUCAAUGCCUUUGAUUUGCACAAUGUUAUAUUGCGAUUUUUAAGUUUAAAUGUAUGCUGUUUUAA